AUGUCCAACUCGUCCAUGUCCCAGAGUCAUAUGAUGAAGACGACCCGGCGGGGUCGGCCUUUUGUCAAGGACACGCACGACCUUUUCGCGACGCUGGUCGUCUCGCUCAAGCUCGAGCAGCAUCGGAAUUUCUUCAAGACGUAUCCGAAUAGCUUCACUACGGACGAAGCCUGCAGCAAUCUCGCAUCCCUCAAGUUCUCCCAAUCCAACCGGUCCGCCGACCCUAAAGACCCCUCCCGCAUUAUCACUACCACAACCACCACGACCUUCUCCAUGACGCGCGACAUGGCCAAGGGGAUUUGCCAGCAUUUCCUCGAAUCCCACCUCAUCGAGAACGCGACUGACCUGCUCGCCACCUCCUUCAAGGACCGGGGCAUCUACAUGAUCACCGCCAAGGGUCUCCAUAUCCUCGAGCGGUUCAUCACCAAGAAUGGAAUCUCGGGGGACCACCUCCUCAACAUCUUUGCGUCCCAGCCUAUCGCGAUGAAGCUCCUGCACCUCGAGCGCCGACUAGGCGACGACGAAAUCAUGGUCACGCGGAGCGUCCUCGAGGUCCUCUUCCGGCGGUUCGCCGGCAAAGAGCCCAACGUCGCGAAAGUGUCCGAGGAGGAGUUGGCGCAGCAGUAUCUGCAGAGAUGGUACUCGAAGCCGUCGGAAAAGAGCGGGGGUGGAGAGGAGCUGGAUCGGGGAUUGGGCGUACCGGUCAGGAAGAUGAUUGGGGCGGAUAAGAGGGAGGAGUUCCACUUUACGGCGAAUAAUGCCAUGCUGUGGUUGUUGGACUUUACGACCGCGGUGGGCAUGGACGAGGCGAGCGAGAUGGCGGCCCAGUUUGUGCGGUAUGGGUUGAUUGCGCUGGUCAGCGAUAAGGGGAGGGUCAAGGAGGGGAAUGUCAUUGCGAGUGUAAGAGGGGGAGGGGCAGGAGGUGGGACUGGAGCUAUCAUGACCGAGGGCGAGUUCCGCGCAACGGAAAAGGCCAUCUACAAGUUCACCCCCGAAGGCAUGCUCGCCGGACGCUGGAACGCCCCUGGAACGAAUACCACCUCUGGCACGCCCAACUCCUCCAAACCCAACCUUACUUCGGUCGGCUCGGAAUCCCGCGUUCCGCCCGUCCCAUCCCCCUCCGUCCGUCCUUCCCACGCAUCGACACACGAGUCGGAAGACCCCCGGGCGUCCAUAUCCGACUCUGUCACAACCCCGCACGCUGGACUAGACAGGGAGCGGGACCACUCGAAAGACUCGCACACCGCCAGACUCAAGCAGAUAUUGGACGAACCGGCACUCCGGAGUCUGUUCCGCGAGUUCCUGAGGUCCAACUUUUGCGAGGAGAAUCUGAGCUUUUGGUUGGAUGUUCAGGAUUUCAAGAGGAGGUUUAGUACGACGAGUUCGGCGGUGGCUGCGCCUGGAACGGGAGGGGGGGAUGGGAAGGGAAAGGCGCAGAAGGCGCAGGGACAUGCAGCUAUGGAUAAGCAUCAGGGGGAUUUGAUCGCUAUGGCUUUUGUCAUCUACAAUACCUACCUAGCCCCCGCCUCCCCAUGCGAGCUCAACAUCGACCACGGCCUCCGGGGCGAGCUCAUCUCGUACAUGACUCAAGUCACCUCCGACAAGGACGCGGGCAUCAAGGGGCAUAUCGAUCCUAUUGUCGGGAACGCGCUGCAUGCGAGUCAGCUGCAGACGAUGGUCAAGCUGUAUGAGCGGAUACAGGGGUAUAUCUUUAGGUUGAUGGCGACGGAUAGUGUGCCGAAAUUUGUCAAGACGGAUCGGUUCUUGACCCUCGCUCGCAGCUUGUUCGACUACAAUGAGCAAAACGAAAAAGAGCUCGGGGGGAUCAUCUCGCGUGCGACCCACCUCAGUAUCGAGCGGGGAGGGACAAUCGGGACAUUGGGGCCUGAGGAUCUGUUGCCUAGUCCUACCAAGGCGUACUUGACUAUCUCGCAGGCGGCGAAUGAGAAGGAGGCCGCGUUAAAGGAGAGGAGAGCGAUGGGGAUGCACUAA